AUGUUCGUGGGUCAUCCGAUUCUUGAAGAGAUCAAGCAAGGGUAUCGACUAAGGCCAACAAAAACCAUUGAUAAAAGUAAACCAGUAAUUGUUGUGGAAGGCGAAAUUUUAAAUCCAAUUUCAUCGAAACGAAAUAAUAAUAACAAUAGUAAUAAUAAUAUGAAUGAUAAUAUAAACAAUAUCAGAAAAAGCAAUAACAAUAUUAGAAAUCAAACCUCAGUCAACGCUGUGACCACGUCAUCGACAUCUCGUCCAGUGCAAAAAUCACCUCCACCUUAUCCCAUCGCUCCACCGCCUAUCUCCAAGGAUAAUAAUAAUAAUAAUGCUAAUAAAAAACUAUCAUUAAAAUUCGGCGGUAAAGUAGAAGUAAAUCGUGACGAAUUGCUGAAAGAAAUCAGAGGUGGGCGCCAGUUGCGGAGAGUCGUCACAAAUGAUCGUAGUGCACCGAUUGUUGGAAAUAGUAAUAAUAAUACAUACAAUAAUAAUAUUUUAUGUACUGAUAAUAUAAACAAUAGCGGAGAAGAGAAAAGGAACCCACUUGAGGUUAAAAGAGAAGAAUAUAGCGGUGCGGGGACGGGAGGAGCCAUCGAUGAAGGUCAGGCGACAGGUCAAAAGUCUGUUGCAGCUAGAGGUGGGGCUCGGCUCAACACUCGUGAAGCUUCGGGCCUAUCGAAGCAACCAGAAAAAUGUCACGCUGAUCAAUUGAAUCAGUUGAACGUUGUCGACAGCACGGUGGCUCGGAGUUAUUCUGAGAAGAAUAAGGAUCAUCUGGUGAUGAAAGAAGAGGGUCAUGUGCUCAAAGAAGGAGAUCAGUGGGACUCGAGGGUCGAACAAGGAGUUCACAUGGUGCAAGAAGAAGAUCAAAAGGUUCGUCAACUCGACGAUGGGGGUUAUCUUCAUAGCAACACUAACAACUACACAAAAAAGGCUAGAGUAGAAGCGGACGAGCGUUGGACAUCACCAUUAAUCUCCACAGAACAAAUUCAGUCGGAAAUACCAGUAGGUAGUGCAAAAAGUCGUAUUGCACUUCUCAAUAACCUAUUUUUAACAGAUUCAUUACCCGAAAAAGGGCUACAAUCCAUCGAAGGCAGACAUUCAGAAGUUCCCCUACUGUCGGCAACAACCAAAUUUCCGGCUGCGGGGCUAGCAUUCCGCCCGAAACGACAACAGCAGUACGGGUCAAGAAGAGACUCCAAUGAGUUCAAAAGGCAUGAAAUUGACCUUCCAUAUGGCCACCAUGGAGGUCUACAAGAGCCUGUAAAGUCUGCACUGAAGUCGAAUAAUCCCGCGGCAGGAGGGCAAGGGCAUAUUGCUGCUUGCAAUAAGGCUCAUGACAAUACUAAUAUUGGCGCAAUCUAUAAUCAUCUAAGAGCCCAGUCACAAAGUCCUAUUAGAAGCUCAUAUAUGAGACGUGAUGACGAUUUGCCCAUUGGCUCGCUCAUUAAUGAUAACGAUACCAAUGUCAAUGAUGAUCUCAAACAUAUAACUGAUAAAACUGAUAACGUUAUUAGUACUAUUAACGAUGUCGGUGGCAAUAUGACUACAGAGCAGCAACAACAAUCGCUCGCAGAUCACAGUGAAAAGCAAAACAGGAAUCAGUUGAAAAUUGCUGGUAAAAUUGAUUUCACCAGUGCUGGCGAUAUUUCUUCGAGAAGGAGCUACUGGGGCGGCGACAAAAUGAUAAAUCGAUCAUUUGCUGAUACGAACAGCAUUAAGAAGAUAGUUCAAAGAUUCGAUAAUAGCAUUAAUAAUAAUAAUAAUAAUAAUGACAAUAAUAAUAAAAAAAACAUCAUUUAUAAGAACGAUGGUGCCAUGAGACGGCACAUUAUGACAAUGUCAUCAAAUGAAGGCACUGGUGGUGUUGGCCCAGUGGCAAUUUCUCAAUGCCAACCUCUUUACAAGGCUUCAUCGUGCACUCCGGAUAUCGCUCAUGGGAUUAACGUAAACGAAACAUCAAAUCAACAUUCUAAACCACUCUAUAAUGAUAAUAAUAAUAAUAAUGAUAAUAAUAAUAAUCAUAAUAAUAACAUUAAGAAUGACGUUACCUCUUCGCCAACACCGCUUCUGCCAGCCACGCCCACUGCAAUAUGCAGACCAAUCACGCCGCAACAAUUAUCGCUGCUCGCGACGAAAACAAGCACAGCGCUCGAGCCAAAAACGUUUCCUCCUAAGCCAUGGGCAUUGGCAUUGGCCAAUAGCUCACGACAGGGUAGUAUUAGUCGAAGAUGGCCUCCAGCUGCUUCAAUCUCUACUGCUUUGAUCCCCCAUUCGCACACUUCCAGGCCAGAACCCUCAGUAAACCCGUCGUCAUCUAACUCACCACCUCUCCUCAAUUCUACUUCUCAUGCAAGCUCUCCCGCUAACAACGUCUCUUCUCCUAUACCGAUUCCUGUCAAGCCCCACUCACCCUCUCCCCAAUCAGCAAAUGCACCGAAUUCGAUCGCCAAUUUAGGCUUAGGCUUCUCUUCACCCCCCGUUUACGAAGCGAUUCCAGUAAAAUGCAUCAUGACACCAAAUGAAUCACCCACGGAAUCUGUGCAUCCUACACUUAGACCUGCUUCCGUUAACAGAACGCUCGUCGACCAACAACAAUCGACGCCCAUCUUAAUCGCUUCCAUUUUCCAGAGGGCACCGGACAUUGAUAAUGAUAACGAUUCUAGCGGUAGGCAUUUGGCGGCUAUUGGUAAAACUGCUGACUCAACUGUUGAGAUUGGGACGGGAACAAUUGGCACUGCUGAAGCCACCAAGGGACACAGUGAGCCUUUCGGACAAGGGAGGACUACUGGCUCAGAUAAUACAGAGACCUGUGCACGGAGUGAUGCUCUCAGCACAACCAUGCAUUACGCGAGCGUUUAUCAGCUAGCACCAAAGCCACACAAGGCACAGAAGUGCAGUGCUCCAAUAUGGCGAAAAGAUGCACUCACUUUCGUUCAUCCGCGGAAGAGCGACGUUCAUGACAGCUGCGAUGACACUGACGAUGCACUCGAUAAGACUACUGAUAAGACUACUGUUGUCAGUGAUAAUGUAUCAAUCAUACGAACUGAAUAUGAGAGCGCUCCUCAAAAUGCGCACGUAUCACCAACAGCUAAAAGUUAUUCGGUACCAAUUAAAGCUGACUGGUAUAAUCCGACAGGAUUUAGUACAGCCAAAAUAACGACCAGUGGGCGUGCACGAAAAAUUAUUAUUGGAUUCAAUAACAUCAAUAAUAAUAAUAAUAUUUGA